ACCAAACCAUCGCUGCGUGUUGUGGGACGGGCAUGAGUGUGAAUGAAGAGGGGUGAGAGAGAGAGAGAGAGAGAAAAAACACACGCACGCAAUCCAGCUUCCUCCGCAAAACGGUUGGAUUUCGGUUCAUCGUAAAAAACCCCAACGUGAGGCUCUUUCGAUUGCGGGUUCAAAAAAAAAACAAAAAGAGAAAAACAAAAGCCCCAAAGUGCAAGUGAAAGUAAUCAACCCGCAAUCCUCCCGUUCCAGGUUUUGUUCCAAUGUGUGUGAGUGUGUGGUGUGAUUAAAGGAGAGAGGGAGAGGAAAAAAAACCCAAAAAUAAAGUGAAUAAAUCAAACAUAGCCUACUAAAGCAACACCCAGCAUUCAUACUGCCUUCGGUGUGCGUGAAGUGUGUCUGUGUGUUUCCUUAGUAACCGUCGAGGAGGGGUGAGGGUGUGUGGUGCCAGACGGGGUGUAGCUAGGGCGUAGGGCACAAACCCCUUGUGUGUGUGUGUGCUCGCACAUAUAAACCAGCGGCCCGAGGCGGACAGGAAGCGCACACAUAAACAAUGGCCGAAUCUCAACAUUCAACACCAUCACCGGAGGAACCACGACGAGUUGCUGCUGAUUCCCUGCCGGCCGCCUCAACACCCAACAACAGCAACGACAACAACGACGACGACGAAGACCCUUCAACGGCCCUCCAGCAAGGGUUGGCAGCAGCAACAAAAGAACCGGUGGAACCAGCAGAGCAACCCGUGCUGGUGGCGGAGGUGGUGAAGGGUGAAGACACGCUGACGAGUGAAGGGGAGCGCCAGGAGGAGUCACAGAAGGCGCCACCAUCACCGUCGUCGUCGUCGUCGUCGUCGUCGUCGGUAACCAAGGAGCAAGCAGCAGCAGCAGCAGCAGCAGUAGCCGAUGGUGAUGAAGCUGACGUUAGUGCAACUGCUGCUGACGUGGCUGUUGCUGCCGCUGAUGGUGAUGAGCGUCACGAUGAACCAAAGAUGGCGCUGGCGAUGGGUGCGAACGAGCAGGCUGAGGGUAGGAAACGUUCGCAGGAUCAGAGUAGGCGCAGUACCAGCAGACGGAGCAGUAGCAGCAGCACCAGUAGCAGCACUAGUAGCAGCAGUAACAGCAGCAGUAGUUCCAACAGUUCCAGCAGCAGUUCCAGCAGCAGUGGCAAUAGCACGAGCGUGGCUGCGAAUAGUAGCAGUAGUAACGGCGAGGAUUGUGAGGGAGCUAGUGCGGCGAAGAAGCUGAAGCUGGAGGCCGGGAUGGAAGAGGUAGCUGGGGGUGGAGGUGACGGAGCGCAAGCAGAAGAAGUUGCGUCCUCCGGCAGAAGGUUGUCGGUUGAGGGGAACACAGCAGCUUCGGUGUCUUGUGGUGAGACGCAGGUGGAACCGGAACGCGAGCGGGAACCGGAAGCUGUGCAGAUGGUGGAGCCGGUGGAAGAGGAAACGAAGCCAGCACCUUCCCUACCACCACCACCACCUGCGGGGAGCUCAUCUUCACCAACACCUGCGCACGAGAGCUCGGUGAACGAUGGGGAAGAGAAGGGCUGCGAGGAGGUGUCUGCACUGUUACCAGCACCUUCUCCACCACCUCCACCACCCACACCACCACCUCCUCCUCUUCCUCCAUCAACGGUGCUACCACCACCCCCUCCCCCACCUCCGCCACCACCAGCACUCCCACCUCCAGCAGUUCCUGCACCACCGCCAGCGACGCGGCCAGUUCCGAUCGGAAAAGUGCCAACGGUGGCGCCAGUUAUCGAGAAACCGGAUUCGGCCCGUCUGACGGCGGAUCUGCAGAGUUGCCAACGCCAGCUAGCUGAGGUCCGCUCGAAGUACGACGUCACGCGCAAGGAGCUGCACGCAACGAAGCGCAAGCUGAAACGCCUCACGGUGCGUUUAAACGGACCGGGCACUGGUGGUACCGGGGCAGGCGGGGCAGCAGGUGGCACCACGGACAGCGGCUCACCGCACACGCUGGCCGGGCUGGGUUCAUCGGAUGAGGACCGCAACCGGAAGUGGCGCGAACCGAUGAUACUAGCGGCGAUGAAGAUCAAGGGCGCGAUGGGCAUUCAGGCGUACAAAUCGCUCAUCAAGGACGGUGAGCUGUUGCUGCCGAGUUUGCGUACCAUCACGCGGUACCUGGAGUCCCUGCGGAAGUCGGGCAGUGCGGGGGCAGCGGUGGCGGCUGCCCUUGUGAGUGCGGGUGUGACUACGAAAGGGCGCACGAUGGAGUUGGACGAGGUGGCCGGUGAGGAUGAGGAGGAUGAGGAAGAGGAGGAGGAGUACGGGGAGGAGGAUGAGGAGGAGGUGCGCCGGCGGGUGGAGCCGGGAGUGCGACGGAAGAUGGCCAAAUCGAAUGGAGCAAGCGGACCGGCGCGAACGGUCGAUCACAAUCGGAACGAGCAGCGACGACUUCCGGGUUAUCAUGGGGCGGCGGAUAUGCAGCUUCCGGAAAUUAAGACCGAACAGCAGGAUCCUGUUAGCUUUACGGCGUCUCCCGACAUAAACUAUUAUCAACAAACCGCAGAUGACGAUGACGAGGACGAGGAUGGUUACCAGAAUGCGGCCUCACUGCUAGCCGGAUGUCGAUACGGUUCGACCGGCGGAAUGAACGGAGAAGACGGUGGCUACGCGUACGGCCAAUCUGGCCAACAACAGCAAACACUGUCUCAGGCGCAAAUCGAAUUCCUCAAAUCGAUGGUGGGCUUCCGGAAGAAGUGGACACCGUACGAACUGCGGACGUGCAACGAGAUCCGGCGUAUCAUCGGCAGCCGGGAGUACGAUUCGUUGCGCAAAAACGACGGCAUGCCACUGCCGAGCGUGAAAACGUUGCGCAAGUACCGACACGCAGCUCAUCUGCCGGAUGGUAUCGACGUGAUGGGCCGGAAACGGAAGAACCACGAGCUUGAGGAUUCACCUCCACUGUCGGCCACAGGUCAGCAGCAGCACCGGUCAGAAACACGACCCAGAGGAACCGCCAGGCUCCUUUUCCCAUUCGGCAACGACUCCGACAAGGAGCAACUCAAACCGGAACAUGGCAGUGGGCCCUUUGACGUGGGUGUGCUGACACUGCCACAGAUCAGCUUCCUACAGACGCUGACCAUGAACACGAAGGGCUUUUCCGACUACGAGUUGCAGCGAUCGCUAGAGUUGAAGAACGAGCUGGGAAGCGGGAACUAUGAGGCGUUGCGUAAGCAGGAGUUUCUUAACAUUCCUACGCUCGCGAUGUUGACGCGAUACGAGCAGGAUAAUGGGCUCGAGGAUUUGUCGCGGUUGAUGAGCGCUGGUGGCCGUCAAGCGCAUGGACCGGUGGCGGACGACGAUGACGUGCGGCGGAAGCGACUGAAGCGCCGUGAGGAAGACGCCGCCAGUGAGCAGGAACGUCGAGCUCGGGAAUUGCAGGAACAGCAAGGGCGCGAGCAGCAACAGCAGCAGGAGCAAGAACAGCAAAGGCAGCUUGAGCUGUACAAUCGGUUGACGCAGGCGGAUCCUUCGCGCCAUCCGUUGUUCGAUAGUAUCGCGGGAGAUGCAUCCCCAACGGAGGGUGCGGAUCCGGCAGCGACGGCGGCAGCCCUUGCGGCAGCGAUGGCUGCGGCAGCGGCGGCAGGAUUGCAUCCUUCCCAGCUGGAGCACCUGAAUGGGAGUGCGACAGCAGGGGAUGAUUCGUCGUUGAGCAUUUUCGAACAUCAUUCGAUCUUCGACAAGGAUACGCCGUCGUUCGACAUGAGCAAGUUGUCGCCGGCGCACGUCGAGUUUCUUAACACACUGCCGGAGAACCCGAAGCGAUGGACGCAGGAGAUGAUCAAUUCGGCGCUUGACAUUAAGAACGAGAUCGGUACGCGGGAUUAUGAGAUCCUGCGCCGGCAGGGUAUCCCGUUGCCGGCCGCUCGGACGCUCCGUCGUCACAAGGACAUUCGGAAUAAGGCGGACCGGGCGAUGAGCGAGACGGGUGAAAUCUUGCCGGCGGGAGGAGGUGUGGCCACUGCGGGUGUCGUUGGUGGCAGUGGUUAAAUGCAGCGUGGAUGUGUGUGCGCGUGUGUGAUGCGAUCCCGUUCAUCCUUUCACUCUCUAUAUCCUUUCGAUUUUCCCGGACCGCUUGAGUGGUGGAUUUCCGGGAGACGACUAAGUAAAUGUACCUGUGCCAGAUAUGUUUUUUUUCUUAAACAAUUAGUUGCAUCGAAUA